AUGUCGGACGACUCAGGGUCCUCAAUUGACGACCGAGACGGUAGAAAUUCGACUUCGCCAGCUGCUGAGUUGAAUCAGUAUACUGGCCUUAACGCUGCGGGUGCUCAUCGGCCUUAUUUAGGGUUCGAAAACGAUCCGCAAGAACAACAGCGUAUUCAAACAUUGGCAAGGACGUUAACGAAUUCAUCCAUUGCUAGUAAACAGAACUCUAGUGUAGGAGCCCAGGGCAUAAACAACGGUAAUCACGGGCAAGAUACUGCGGAUGCAGACAGUUCGACAAACGAAUCGCUACAACGCACCCUUACAAGAGCUUCCUUGCAUAUCAAUCCAGAUGAUGUGAAAAUCCCAUUCGAUGAAGACGCUAGAAGUGCUGACCCUAGAUUGGAUCCAUAUUCAGCUAAUUUUGAUUCCAAAUUUUGGGUUCAGACUAUGCAUCAGAUGUUCAACUCCGACCCGGAUUACUACAAACCAGUGAGUCUGGGUGUAUGCUUGAAAGGGUUAAGAGUUUCAGGUGUGUCAGUGGAUGCAGAUUACCAGGCAACUGUUGCGAACGCUCCUUUGAAAGUAUUAAAUGCAGCUCGUCAUUUCGUAUCAAAACGUGAUGAAUCCCGUUAUUUUGAUAUCUUGCGGCCAAUGGAUGCCCUUUUCGAACCUGGUAGACUUUGUACCGUGCUAGGUAGACCUGGUGCUGGUUGCUCAACUCUUUUAAAAACAGUAUCCGCAAGAACUUACGGGUUUACCGUUAGACCCGAAUCCGUAAUCUCAUACGAUGGUAUCUCUCAACAUGAUAUCGAGAAACACUACAGAGGUGAUGUUAUCUACUCUGCUGAAAUGGAUUAUCAUUUUGCCAAUUUAAAUGUCGGCUACACUUUGGAAUUUGCUGCUAGAUGUAGAUGCCCCUCGGCAAGACCACAAGGUGUCAGUAGAGAAGAAUAUUACAAGCAUUAUGCCGCAGUGGUCAUGGCUACUUACGGUUUAUCCCACACGUACUCGACAAAAGUUGGUGAUGAUUACGUCAGAGGUGUUUCUGGUGGUGAACGUAAACGUGUUUCUAUCGCUGAAGUGACUUUGGCUGGGGCCAAGGUACAAUGUUGGGAUAAUGCCACUCGUGGGUUAGAUUCCGCAACAGCCUUAGAAUUUGUAAGAGCGUUGAAAACGAAUGCUACCAUUUCAAGAACUACUCCAUUACUAGCUAUUUAUCAGUGUUCCCAAGAUGCCUAUGAUCUAUUUGAUGAUGUUUUGGUUCUAUAUGAGGGUCGCCAGAUUUAUUUCGGUCCUGCAGACUCCGCAAAACAAUACUUCUUGGAUAUGGGUUGGGAGUGUCCUGAUAGACAAACGACUGCAGAUUUCUUAACAUCAGUAACUGCUGCUAAUGAAAGAAAGUGUAGACCAGGCUACGAAAAGAAGGUUCCUAAGACACCUGACGAAUUUUAUGAGCAUUGGAAAUCAUCAUCUGAAUAUGCCCAACUAAUGAACAGGAUUGAUGCCUAUUUGAAUAAACAUAACAAUGAGGAUAGCGCAAAAGAGUUUUUCGAUCAUCACACUGCUCGUCAAUCGAAGCAUUCCAAGUCAUCUUCACCCUUCCUUUUAUCAUUUAUGAUGCAAGUGAAAGCCGUCAUGGACAGAAACGUCCAGAGACUUAAAGGUGACCCAUCUGUUUACGCAUUUAACAUUUUUGGUAAUUGCUCGAUGGCUUUCAUCAUUUCUUCUAUGUUUUAUAACCAAAAGGAUAAUACCGGUUCAUUUUACUACAGGACUGCUGCGCUUUUCACGGCGCUUUUGUUUAACUCCUUUGGUUCUUUAUUAGAAAUUCUUUCCUUGUUUGAGGCAAGAAAGAUUGUCGAGAAGCAUAAAACCUAUGCAUUUUAUCGUCCUUCAGCAGAUGCUUUGGCAUCAAUUAUUACCGAAUUACCAUCUAAGUUUAUCAUCGCUAUUUGCUUCAAUUUAAUCUAUUACUUCUUAGUUAAUUUCAGAAGGUCACCAGGUCAUUUCUUUUUCUAUUUCUUAAUUGCAAUUACAUCAACAUUCACAAUGUCACAUUUAUUCAGAUCAAUUGGUGCCGCCUGUACGACCUUGGAACAAGCCAUGUUACCGGCUAGUAUUUUGUUGUUAAUUUUAUCCAUUUACGCCGGUUUCGUCAUUCCUAAGGGCAAUAUUCUUGGUUGGUCGAAAUGGUUGUAUUAUUUGAACCCAAUUGCUAGAUCUAUGGAAGCAAUGGUAGCGAACGAGUUCGCUGGAAGAACCUUUGAGUGUUCGCAAUUUAUUCCAGCAGGUGGGGAGUACGAUGAACUACCAUUAGCACUUAAAAUAUGUUCUGUUGUCGGUUCUGAACCAGGGUCUGCAUAUGUUAGCGGUACUGCAUACAUGGAAGAGUCUUUUUCUUAUAAAGACAGUUACAGAUGGAGAAAUUGGGGUAUUGUUCUUUGUUAUGCUGUUUUCUUCCUUGCGGUAUAUUUACUAUUAAUCGAGUAUAACAAAGGUGAGAUGCAAAAGGGUGAGAUGACAGUCUUCCCAAGGUCCGUCUUAAUGAAGCUCAAAAAGAAGAAUCAGAACUUGAAAAAUGAUAUCGAAUCGAAUGACAGUUUACUAAAAGACAUGACAAACGGGAAUGAUUCCCAAGACGAAAAAAGUGAUAGCUCCAAUGAAAAGAUGGCUGAAAAGAUUGGAUCUGACCAAGUGGUAUUUUGGAAGAAUAUCUGUUAUGAUGUUCAAAUCAAGACUGAAACGAGAAGAAUUUUGGAUAAUGUUGAUGGUUGGGUCAAGCCUGGAACUUUAACUGCACUAAUGGGAUCAUCAGGUGCUGGUAAGACUACUUUGUUGGAUGCUUUGGCUGACCGUAUUAGCACAGGUGUCAUUACCGGUGACGUCCUCGUAAAUGGUAGACCAACAGAUGCAUCCUUCCAAAGAUCAACGGGAUAUUGCCAACAACAGGAUUUGCAUGGACGUACUCAGACAGUAAGAGAAGCUUUGACUUUCAGUGCGUACUUACGUCAGCCAUACAAUGUUUCGAAAAAAGAGAAAGAUGAAUAUGUUGAAACGAUUAUUCGUCUUUUAGAGAUGGAAACGUACGCUGAUGCUUUAGUUGGUGUGACUGGUGAAGGAUUAAAUGUGGAACAAAGAAAGAGAUUGACUAUUGGUGUUGAAUUAGUGGCAAAACCAAAGUUACUAUUGUUUUUGGAUGAACCUACAUCUGGUUUGGAUUCUCAAACGGCAUGGUCAGUUUGUCAGUUGAUGAGGAAAUUAGCAAACCACGGACAAGCUAUUUUGUGUACUAUUCACCAACCUUCCGCUAUAUUAAUGCAAGAGUUUGACAGAUUGCUUUUAUUGCAAAAGGGAGGACAGACUGUGUAUUUUGGCGAGUUGGGUCAUGGAUGUUGCAAGAUGAUUGAGUAUUUCGAGUCCAAAGGAUCGCAGAAAUUCCCUGCUGAUUGUAAUCCAGCUGAAUUCAUGUUACAUGUUAUUGGAGCUGCCCCUGGUUCACAUGUCACCACCGACUAUCAUAAAGUCUGGCUUGAAUCUCAGGAGUAUCAAGCUGUCCAAAAGGAAAUUGACAGAAUGUCACGCGAGAUGGUUAACAUUCCUCAAGAAGACUCAGAGGAUUUGAAAAAGGAAUUUGCCACGCCAUUAUGGUACCAAUUCCUAAUAAUGACUAGAAGAGUACUAGAACAGCAUUGGAGAUCGCCAAUAUAUAUUUAUGCCAAAAUUUUCACUACUUCUUUUUCUGCUUUAUUCAUCGGAUUCUCAUUUUUCAAUGCGAAUAAUAGUAUGCAAGGCCUACAAAACCAAAUGUUUUCUCUAUUCAUGCUUUUAGUCAUGUUCAGUCCUCUUGUUCAUCAGAUGUUGCCACAAUAUACCGAUCAAAGAGAUCUUUACGAGGUGAGAGAAAGACCUUCCAAGACUUGCUCGUGGAUAACUUUUGUAUUAUCACAGAUUGCAGCGGAACUUCCAUGGAGUUUCCUCAUAGGUACAAUUACCUAUUUCUGUUUCUACUACCCGGUUGGUCUUUACAGAAAUGCACCUAACACGGAACAAGUACACGAACGUGGUGCACUUUUCUGGUUAAUUUGUAUCGCAUUCAUUAAUUUCACAAUGACAUUCGGACAAGCCUGUAUUGCUGGUGUUGAACGUAGGGAGAAUGCCGCUUUGCUAGCUAAUAACUGUUUCAUGAUAUGUUUAGCAUUCUGUGGUGUUUUGGUUACCAGAGAUAAGUUGCCAGGUUUCUGGAAAUUCAUGUAUUACUUAUCGCCCUUCACGUAUUUGAUAUCUACCAUGUUAGCUACCGCAGUCGGAAACUCUGAUGUGCGCUGCUCAGCCAAGGAAUACCUCCAUUUUUCACCAGCUCCCAAUAUGACAUGCCAACAAUACAUGUCUCCAUAUAUGAGUGUUGCCGGAGGUUACCUUUUGGACGGAAAUGCAACCGAUUCUUGCGGAUUUUGUGUUAUGGCUGAAACAAAUGUCUACUUGGCUACUGUAAACAUCAAAUAUAGCCAAAUUUGGAGAAAUUGGGGAAUAUUCUUAUGUUAUAUUGGCGCAAAUGUGUUCCUCUUCGUAUUGCUUUACUGGGCUUUCAGGGUUCCAAGAGACCACUACCUUCUAAUUAAGAUCCAUGCCAUCAAGUCAAAGAUCACUAAUUCUCUCAAAAGUAGAAAAUUGAUUAGAUCUUCCAAGAACAAUGAGGCCUAA